AUGCCAGAAGUAUCGAGUUCUCCAGAUGGGCCCUCGUCCCUGAAACGGAAUACAUGUGUGAUCCAGCUGGCAGAACCUCCCGUCCUUCAAGCAUUCAGCUUCUUUUAUCAGUUUCACCCAAGUGGAUUUUCGAUGCAUUCCUUUAAGGAGAAUUUCUCAAAUUUUCGCAGCUGGAUAAAUCUUGAGAUGUUUUUCCGCAAAACCCUCCAGUUAGAAGGACAGAAGCUCCACAGCCAUUGGGCUUUACAGUGUACACAAUCUCAGCGUUUCGCUUCAUCUUUGGUGCAUUUUGGAAAACUGAACAACAAAAGCAACGAGAAUUGA